AUGAGAACGCCACGCCUUUUCCUGGGAAUCUUUGCCUUGGCACUGCUUCUGCCGUUGCUGCUGCUGGCCUGCGGCGGCUCGGAUGAGCCGACGGAUGGGACAUCCUCGGGCCGGGCCACCGCCGAGCCGACAGACCUGCCCGACUUGGAACGGGCCACCGAUGAGCCGGAGACGCCGGCCUCCCCCGGACGGACGCCUUCCACGCCAGGAUCAGGGGACGCGCCCACUGCCACCGAUGCGACAGCGCCACCCGCGCCCUCCGGCCCCGCCGAAACGGACCGGGAAGCACUGGUUGCCCUCUACAACGCAGCGGACGGUGAGGGGAACUGGCCGAACCAACAGAACUGGCUGAGCGACGCGCCCCUCGGCGAAUGGGACGGCGUCACCACCAACGACGACGGGCGCGUUAUAGAGCUGGUCCUCGCCUACAACGAGUUGAGCGGGGAGAUACCGCCGGAGCUGGGCAGCCUCUCCAACCUGAUACAGCUAUGGCUCAUGGAAAACGAGUUGAGCGGGGAGAUACCGGCGGAGUUGGGCAACCUCUCCAACCUGACAGCGCUGGGCCUCAGCUCCAACGACUUGAGCGGGGAGAUACCGGCGGAGCUGGGCAGCCUCUCCAACCUGAUACAGCUGUACCUCCGCUACACCAACUUGAGCGGGGAGACACCGGCGGAGCUGGGCAGCCUCUCCAACCUGGAAGCCUGGAUCUCAGCUUCACCGACUUGA